AUAUGUUUACAUUCACGACGACAUACAUUGAUGUUAUCACAGGAAAACUGAUUUAAAGUUCACGUAAGAUCCAUUAGUUAUAUUACUGGAUGUUGGCAAUGAGGCGCGCGCCAGUACGUUAAUCUGGAUCGAGGCACGCGGGACGAAAAGAGGAUGGCAAGCUCCACACAUGUGUUCCAAAUCUCUGGGAUAAAGAUGCGUGAUAAAAAGAGACUUUUGGUCAAUGGAAUCCGUGAACUUGGUGGGAAAUACAUUGGAGGCUCCGUCUAUCAUCAUGCCUGCACACAUCUCAUAAUUCCUCAAGUUAUGUCCAGCGAGAAAUUUUUGGCAACCUGUGCAGCAGCAAAGUGGGUUGUGACUCCAGAGUAUGUGCUGGCCAGUGUUAAGAAUGGUUCCUGGCUUCCAGAGGGGCCAUAUGAGGUAGCCAUCUCUCUGGACUCCCCAUCUGCUUUCUACCCUGUCAGGCAGUGGAGGGAGAAGUUGGCCACCGGGAGCCUGGCUGGGGCCUUCGACGGUUGGAAAGUACUUCUGAUGGUCCAAGAUCCCUCCCGCAGAGCCAUGUUCACACGGCUCCUGACAGCAGGAAAGGCCAAAGUCUACCACUACCCUCCCCGGUCUCAUUCUUCCAUUACUCAUGUCAUGGCAAAGCCUCUUACAGAGGAUUCAAAAUCCCACAGUGCUCCUUGCUACCCAGUCACCCACAUUAUACAGCACCUUUUUGGGAGCAACAGUGUCACUAUGAAUCUCCACAUAAAGGGUAGUCUGCUGUCUGAAACAACGGAAAACGAAAAUGUUGACUUGUCUUAUCUGCAGAAAGAACUCAGAGAUUACAUCAUCAAACAGGAGGGGCGGCCGAGACUCGUCUUCCUUGAAUUUCUGAGUUACAGUGACCCAUGCAGUCCAGAGCCACAGGCGAUGGAAACAGAAUUUAUCAAUGUUGAUAGUAUGAUACAAUGCGGCCUCUUUGCUGAAGCAUUAGACUCAAUCAGAGGUGCUGUGUACCCAGGCCUGCUGCCGCCUGCACCCUACCUGUCUUCCCUCUUUGGAUAUGCACAGCAGGGCAGCGCCUCGUCUUUCUUCCUGACAACUCUUGAGCAGUUUUUGUAUCAGUUACUCACUGCGAACCCCCCCUGGCAGGAUCCCAGUAAAAGAUUUUUUGCCCAGGUCUUACAAUGUCCACAGUGUAAGGCGGGGCUGUGGCCUUUCCUACAGACAGCCAUCAGUUACUGCCUGUCCAGUGAGGUCACAUGUCACGCACACCCUCAGCCUGCCCUGCCAACAGUAAAGCAAUUCUACAUGGACCUCCUUGCAUUUUGUCUGAAGCUUUUCCAGGGUGAACUCCACUCCACCACUACUGGCCUCAAGGAUUUUCUGACUCCUCAAGGAUCAGAACUACCUCCAGCCUCUGCAUCAGGCUUAUUGCUCUAUAGAACCUUCUGGACUGUGUCGGAACGCUCAACACUUUUAUCCCAUGCUUUGAAACGGCUCAUCCAGCACCUGGUACAAGCUGCUAGGGAGGAAUAUGUUGAGGGGUAUGACAGGCGGGAGAUGCUUUUGCCAGAUAUUCUUCUGGACCUCCUGUCUGUGUUGGUGGAGUUCUGGUGCCAACAGUACUUCAAAUUGAACCUGAACCUGAUGGAAAAGGGUCUGACAGACCUAGCGGAGCACUUCGCCGUCAUUAGCCAGGAUGUGUGUGCAGUGAUUCUAAAAGAAGUGAUUAUCAGGAUUUCUUCGCCCAGACUCAAGAUGGUGAUGGCUGAUGCCAUCUUUAAAAAUCUCUGUUUAAGAAAUGGUUUCACUGUGACAGAUGAACCCCUGUCUCUGAAGAAAAUGGUGCUAUCCUACCUUACUGCUUUGGGAAGUUUAACUCGGAGUCCCACUUCUGCCUCUCCCAAAACGAAUCCUGCUUCUGACAUCUCCAUCAGUGAGGGGACCAACUCUGGAAAUCAGACCUUAUUAAAUGAUGGAAGCCUGGGGAAAAAGAGCAUCCCGAGACGUUUGAACAGAGUCAAUGCAGCAGGAGAGACCCUCCUCCACAGAGCUUGCAAGAAGAACCAAGUGGAAACCGUGCUUCAGAUCCUGGCGCUUCCUGGCACAGACAUCAACGUUAAAGACCAUGCAGGCUGGACACCUAUGCAUGAGGCAUGCAACCAUGGCAGUAGUGCUUGCGUGCAUGCUCUGCUUCGCCAUUACCCUGCCCCUGUCCUCAACAGUCAGGUGGGAGGAGUCAGCCCCUUGCACGACGCUCUACUCAAUGGACAUAUGGACAUUGCCAAAAUGCUACUGGAGCAUGCAGGCUCUGUUCUCCUCCAGCAGACUUAUAAAGAUGGACUGACUGCAUUGGAUCUAGUCUCCAGUUCGCAUCAGAGGGAGGAGCUCCUCCACAGCGCACACACUGGGGACUCAGCCUUGCUAAACCAAGUGCCCAAGGUUGUUAACCUCCCUCUCCUGGAGGUUGGAUCAACUCUGCUAGCUCACCUAAUUUUUUCAUACCAGAAGGAGAAGGGCUUGCUUGGUCGUACACAGCCCGGGGAAAAGGCCCAUGAGGUGGCCUCCAAGCUGGUGAGGGCCCUUGAGACACAUUCUGUCGAUAAUGUGACUGCCAGCUGGACAGACCAGCAUGCAGUGAGGCUGGUGGAGGACACAGACACAUUGUUGGGCCUUGGGAGAGGACAUUACCUGGGCCAGGUAUCUGAGGCAGUGAAAGCAUACAAAGGAGAGAACACCACAUUCCUUAUGAAGAUCAUGGAGGAUCUAAAGUGUCAGGGAGAAGCACUACUGAGAGAAGUUGAUAAACACAAUGCGGAAAGACGCACAUGAACAGGCACACACUUAUAACACAACAUUACGUUCGUUUUCAAUGUUACAAGUUGCAAAUGUUGAAAUUUCUGUGCAGCCAAAA